AAAAAAAUUUGUUAAGUAGAACAAGAAGGAAAAAAAUGUCGAAGGUGGUGGUUUCCACCAUAAUCACCGCCUUCAUCUUUCUCGUUGUACUCUUCAUCCAAUUAAUUAUCAAAUUUAAUCACAAAGACGGAUAUUACACACCUAAUGGCUUGAGCAGGCGAUUAGGGCUCAAAACUCGUGACCCAAUUUUUGAUCCUCUUGUUGCUGAAUUGGAGCAAAAGAGAAGAGGAAAAUCAAAUGAUGGAUGGCGUAAGAAGGAGGAUGAAAAAUAUUUUGAUAAUGAUGGGAGAUUGAAAACUAGUUUGAGAUUGAUGGUUUUGUUUCCUAUUUUGGACGUUGCACCUAAAGAUGGAUUUAUUGAGUAUAAAGAGCUUGAAAUUUGGAAUACACAACAAGCUAUUGAUCGAUUGCAUUAUAGGAGUUCGAGUGAAAUGGAGUUUAGAGAUAAGGAUGGAGAUGGAGCUAUUUCUUUCUUUGAAUAUCUCCCUCAAUUUACCAAUGAAGACUUAGAGAAAAAUGAGACAAGCCAUGGAGAUGCAGGAUGGUGGAUGGCACAAUUCAGAAAUGCUGAUGCUGAUCGAAGUGGAACUCUAAACUUAUAUGAAUUUAGAGAUUUUAUGCACCCUGAAGAUAGCAGGAACGAACAAAUACAGAGGUGGUUGUUGAGAGAAAAAAUAAGGCAAAUGGACGUAAACAAGGAUAAUAUGCUAAAUCGAUUGGAAUUUAGUAAUGGGGCUUACAAUAUUUAUAAGACUUACCUUGAAUAUGAAUCUCAAGGAACCAAUAUUCCUACACCAUUUCAAGCAUUUGCCAAUCUUGACUACGAUGGUGACGGAUUUUUGACAGUGGAAGAAUUGAAACCAAUUCUACAAUAUUUAUCCCCCGGAGAACUUUCCUAUGCUAAAGUGUACACAACUUAUUUGAUUCGAGAGGCUGAUGAUGACAAAGAUGGUAAAUUGACAUUGGAUGAGAUAUUGAACCAUGAAAGUAUUUUCUAUAAUACUGUUUAUGAUAACAGUAGGAAUGAAGAAAUUUUCCACGAAGAACUGUGAUUUAUGGAGAUUAUAUAUGUGUGUGUGUUAAUUCAAAGAGGCAGUUAUUUAUUUCAACUCGAGCCAUGAGGUCAAGUCAGCUGAUCAUGGUUCAACAAGAAGCAGUUAAUUAAUUAAUAGCGUUGAAAUUAGUUGAAUGCUAGCUGAAGGGAGGUCCUAGUUAUAUACUAGUAGCUACAUAAUUAUCAUGCAUUAGCGGUAGCUAAUAGUCUUUUUAGUGUAUAUAUAAUACAUUUUACCUGUAUAUAUCUUGAUGAAUAAGAAUAUAAUUAGAAUUUUUCUCUA